AUGAGUAAUACCAAAAAAUAUCUAAGCGGCUCGGAAAAAAGAAAAAAAAAAGAACAGGAGAGACAAUUUACCUCAAAACUAACUAAAAUUAAAGGUUUCUUUAUAGCUUCAAAUUCCGAACCUGUUACUUCAAUAAUUGUUCCAAGUGAUACUCUUGACUUAGUUUUAAAAACUGAUGAUCAGACAUUAGUUUUACCUCAUCUGUUACCUAGUUCAAGUACCUGUACAGAAAUUGAACAUGUUACUUCAAUUGUUCCAAGUGAUACUCUUGACUUAGUUUUAAAAACUGAUGAUCAGACAUUAGUUUUACCUCAUCUGGUACCAAGUUCAAGUAGCUGUACAGCAAUUGAAAAGUCUGAUUUGUUGACAGAUAACAUUGCUGAUCAUGAGGAAUAUUACAAAGAUCCAUUUAAGUGGCCAAAUAAUUUGAAUAAGAAAUUUAUAAGUUUCUGUCUCGAUAAAGGACCGACUUUUUUCCAAAAUAUGGAUAGCAAUUUUAGGCAAUCAGCACGUAUUAUAUCAGGAACUGAUCACACAAGAUAUAUUUCUUCUGCAGUUUUCUAUAGAAAGCUAUCCAAUGGAGAGAAAUGUAAUAGAAAAUGGUUGCUAUAUUCUCCAAGUAAAGGUUCCGUAUUUUGUUUUGUUUGUAAAUUAUUUGGUUCACUUCGAGAUAAUCCUUUUGUAAAUAUUGGUUUUGAUAAAUGGAAAAAAGGUUAUAGAAUUGGUGAACAUGAAAAUAGUAUUGCACAUCGAGAAGCUACAACAAAAUGGUUGAUACGGACAGAUACAACUAGAUCAGUUAAUACAGAAUUGUGUCGACAAAUAUCUGUUGAAACUGAAUACUGGGUUAAUAUUUUAAAAAGAGUGGUAUCUGUUGUUAAAUUUAUAGCUGCUAGAGGUUUACCGUAUCGAGGGGAUUCUGAAAUAAUUGGAAACAAUAAUAAUGGCAAUUAUCUUGGCAUAUUGGAAUUAAUUUCAGAAUAUGAUCCAUUUUUGAAAAAUCAUUUGGAAAAGUUUGGAAACAAAGGGAAAGGGCACCCAUCAUAUAUUUCAAAAACUAUUUUCAAUGAAGUUAUACUUUUACUAAAGACUGAUGUUAUACGCUAUAUUACUAAUGAGAUAAAAAUAUCUAAAUACUAUUCUAUUAUAAUGGAGUCUACUCAGAUUUAUCAAAUGGCUAUUGUUAUUAGAUAUUGUACAAAGUCAGAUGUACAAGAAAGAUUACUGGAAUUGGAACCUAUUGAAAAUCAUACAGGUCAAUCAAUUUAUGAUGUUUUAGAAAAAUUUCUUUUAAAUGUUGGAUUGAAUAUUGAAGAUUGUAGAGGACAAUCUGAUGAUAAUGCGUCCAAUAUGAGUGGCAAGUUUAAAGGAUUGCAGGCACAUGUCAAAUGUAAAAAUGAUCUUGCUGUAUGUAUACCAUGCACAGCACAUUCAUUGAAUUUAGUUGGUGUUCACAGUGUCGAUUGUUGUGUCGAGGCAGUAAACUUUUUUGGCUUUUUACAAACAUUAUAUAAUUUUUUCAGCAGUUCUACGCAUAGAUGGAAAAUACUUACAGAUAAGUUGGAUACAAAUGAUAAACACCGGUUAAUUACACUUAAAUCGUUGAGUGGUACUAGGUGGUCGUGUCAUUCUGAAGCUUGUAAAGCAUUAAUUGGUAAUUAUGAAAAAAUACUUGAAGCUCUACAAAAACUGAGUGAAAAUGUUAAUGAAAAUGGUGAAACAAAAAGAGAAGCUACAAUAUUAUGGAAAAAAAUGUUAAAAAGAGAGAUUGCUUAUCUUACAUUAUUAUGGGGUGAUAUAUUGGAGAGAAGCAAUAAAACUUCAAUUGAAUUGCAAAACAAACACUGUGAUGCACUAAAAGCCGUCAACUUGCUAAAAUCAUUAAGGCAUUUUGUGUCAAGUUUAAGAGACUCUAGUGAGAUUUAUGAAAAUAAAAUCAUACACCUAAGUCAAUAUAUUGGCAAGACUUGUCCACCAGAUUCAGAUAGUGCAGUCCAAGAGAGCAUAAAGAAUUGUAUUUUCACAUAUAAAAAUGAUGUUGACGCUUCACUUGAAAAUGAAAUUAUUCAAUUUCAAAAUUUUUUAAGUUUAAGUAAUGUAUCAUUUAAUGAAAGUGAUACUUUUAAGUUAUUAAAAUGGUUUUAUGAUAAAUCAUUGCAGGAUGUAUUCCCAAACAUUUUAAUUGCUCUUAGAUUAUAUUUAACUAUCCCAGUGGCCAAUUGUUCGGCCGAAAGAGCAUUUUCCAAAUUAACAAGAAUAAAAAAUAAAUAUAGAACAAGCCAGACUCAAGACAAUUUAACAUCGUUAAUGAUAUUACAUUCAGAAAAUGAUAUUUUGCAAUUAAUAGAUUUUAAUGAAACAUUACAACAAUUUGCAAAAGAGAAAGCAAGAAAAAAAUUAAAGUUAUAA